UCAAGUCAGUCGAAAUGCGAUUAUCGUUAUGUUGGCCUCGCCUGUCGACAUUGCCAAUCAGAAGGAGUGUGCUGGGGUGUCGAGCGUAUUCAUCCUCUGCAACGCCGGCCGAAUCGUCCAAGGAAGCGGUGGAGACUCUUGAAAAACGGGUGGCAUAUGUCGAUCACGCACCGCGGCGGGGCGACACGAUUUACGUCGCAAUGUCCGGCGGCGUCGACUCCUCCCUCGCCGCCUCACUGUACAAACAGGCCGGGCACGACGUCAUGGGAAUCUUCAUGCGAAAUUGGACAACCGACGACGACCCCUCCCGCACAGCCCAAGGUUGCCCCCAAGAACGCGACUGGCACGACGUCCAAGAAGUCUGCGCACACCUCCGGAUCCCGUGUAGACGGGUUGACUUGAGCAAAGAUUACUGGCUCGAUGUGUUUGAGCCGGCGUUGGAGGGGUAUAGGGUGGGGAAGACACCAAAUCCGGAUGUGUGGUGUAACCGCGAAAUCAAAUUCGGGAAAUUCUUCGAUCAUGUCGCUCAACUCGCCGCUGCCGAAGGACCACUGGGUCCGAAUCAGAAAUGGUGGUUAGCGACGGGACACUACGCCCGCGCCGCUCAUCGCCUCGAACUCACGACCUCCUUCGCAUCCCUCGACCCUCCGAAGGAAAGCGUCCUCAUGCGCUCCAAAGGCGAUAAGAAGGAUCAAACAUACUACCUCUCGCAAAUUCCGCAACGCGCACUCCGCCAUGCCCUUUUCCCGCUGUCCGCAUACCCCAAAUCCCAUGUUCGCAGAUUGGCCCUCUCCCACGGUCUCCCCAACGCCCAAAAACCAGACUCACAAGGCCUCUGCUUCGUCGAACCCUCCAACCACGGCAAGCACUUCCGCGACUUCCUCUCCCAAUACCUUGAACCCAAUCCCGGCCCUAUCAAAACUGACUCCGGCGUCGUCGUUGGGACCCAUCAAGGUCUCUGGCACGCCACCGUUGGAGAGGGAAGCGGAGUCUCAACUCCACAGAUGACACCAAGUUUUCGGGGCCGGUGGUUUGUCUUGAAGAAAGACCAAGAGAAAAAUGAGAUCACGAUCGUUAACGGAACUCAUCACCCCCUCCUGUACCAUCGCUCUCUCAUCGCACAUAAUUUCAAGUGGAUCACGGAAGCUGAGCGUGUUCCGCUUCUUGGAAAAGAAAUUGCUUUGGAAGCUCAGAUUAAGCAUGGACCCUACGCACAGGAAUGUGGGAUUCAGGUUUUGAGUGAUGGCCCAGAGGGAAGUGUAGUGCGUAUCUUGUUUAGGAAUAGACAGAGGGGGAUAACGCCGGGUCAACACGUCGCGGUGUGGAGAGGGAAUAUCUGUUUGGGUGGUGGAGCGAUCAAGUAUGCGGAGGAAGACGAGACUCACACUUCAUAUCGAGGAGAUUAAGGGCUAUGGGUGCAGCCAUCGUAGGAUCCGGAGGG